AUGUCGAAUACUAUGGCAUUCUCCGCUAUUGCGGUUAUCCCUGGAAAAUCAGUUAAGGUUUUUGGUAAAGCUAUUCAAUGUCUAUCUAAAGUUGGAGACGAACUCUAUGUCCAGAUUAAUGAAAAUGGCAUCGAUUUACGAACAGUAAACUCAUCCCGUUCCGCUUAUUCCCGAAUGGAAUUCAAAUCGCGCUUCUUUUCAACUUUUCGCGUUCGAGAAUCAGACUCUGGUGGCAGUGACAGCAUUUUAAAGUGCAAAAUCAAUAUGAAGCCUUGCCUGAAUAUCUUCAGAUCAUCAAGUACGGAUAAAAAUGUAAACAGCUGCUCGAUUACUCUAGAUGGAAAUGAAAAUCGUCUAAAAUUUUUACUAGAAUGUCGUUUCGGAAUAAGAAAAGCUUUCGAUCUCCUUUUACAAGAUUGCGAAAGCUUGGAAGCAAUGUUUACAAAAGACGACUGCCCGAAUGCAAUCGUUUCGCUGCCCAAGAUAUUCAGCAAUACUAUAUGUAACUUCCACGCUUCGCAAGAAGAAAUUACACUUGUUGCUACGAAAGAAAAUAUUAUCAUUAAGAACUAUGUUGAAGAUCAAGCAGAAUUAAUUAAAAUGCUAUAUACAGAAAUGAAUCUGGCUACCCAUGAAUUCUUAUCUUACGAUGUCAAGACGGAAGGUGACAUUACUUUCUGCCUAAAAGAAUUCCGUGCCAUUGUUAGUUUUGGCGAAUAUACCGGCCAGCCUAUUUCCAUGCACUUUGAAUCGGCUGGAAAGCCAAUCAUGUUUCAUAUCGCGAAAGAGAAUACAUUUACAGCUGAUUUCGUAUUGGCUAGCUUAGUUGAUACCGAUACCCCAUCGCAAAGGAGCAAUGCUUUUCAUCAAAAUACAACCAACCUAGACGAUUCCCAUUGUCACAUUAUCGAAGACUCUAUCUUAGAAAAAUCAAAUCUUGAAGAUGAUUCAGCGACGCAGGAUAAACGUUCAUCUGCACACUUAGCUCAGAUAACUCAGAAAAGCAAUGAAGAAGAAGGUCGGCGAUAUUUUAGUAAUGGAUACAGAUUCCGAGGAAGACGUGUAAUAGACUUUCUUUCGUGGAUUUUUUGUGGAUCCCAGUAUCUUCAUGAUCGUCGAGGAUAA